AGAUGAUGGAUGCUUUAAGAAGUAGUCAUGGAAAACCUCUACCUAAUCCUGAUGAUCCCAAACUGAGUACUCAGGAUCUUCCUGUAAGAAUGGAAGCAUCGAAAAACAGGGAACCAACCAAACUAACCUAUUCAAAAGGACAACGAAUAGCUCUUGGUGUAGCCCAGGUUAUGUUGGGAUUGGUUUUUAUAGCAUUUGGGAUUCCAUUAAAACUGAGUCCAGGAUCCUUCACAGCAAAUACAGGAACACCCUGGUGGGCUGGAACAUCGUUUAUCAUUUCAGGAAUCGCAGCGAUUAUUUCAGAAAGGAAACCAAGGAAAGCUGUUGAAUCUCACUUCACCUUGAGAAUUAUUCUCCUCAUUUUUUCACUGAUGCAGCUGUCAAUAGCAAGUGCAGUUGCAACCAUUGGAUGGAAAGAAAUAUGGAACUGUUCUGGACCAAGUCAAAAUGAAGUUUAUCUUGAGUCUGGGCCUCAGGAAACCUGGCAACUUGAGCGAGAUGAGAACAGAGUAAGAGAAAAGGUUAAAGAGGAUGUUUCUGGUCCAGGACAAAGAUAUGAAAGUCUGAUCCGAGAACCAACCUAUACCACCAUGAGUGCUUUAAAAAAUUGGAGAUCACUUCGUUCGCAAAAGAAUAUUUAAAAAAGAAAAGAAAUACUCACAUUUAUAAAUUGUUUUUCACAAUCAUUCAUAGGCUAG